CUCGCCUUGCACUUGUUCCUGUCCUGCUCCUGCCGUCUCAUCCCAUACUGACCUCGCCUAUUUGCAGCAGCACCUCGCCGGCGUCGGGGGACGUCGCAACCUCCUCCCACCUCCCGCCAUCAUCAGAAAGGAAAAACUUGAAGCCUGACCGUGGUCGCUGCGCUGCCGAAGACAUUUGUAGCCUCUUCCACCGGAGUACGCCACCUCGAAUUCUUGUCGUAUAGUCGUCGCUCCUCCCCCUUCUACUGGUACUGGAAGCGCAGAUCCAUCCGGGCUUGGAUCGGUUCCUUAUUUUUGCUGGUAAGGAAGCUUUUGCUUGGAUAGUUGGAUGGACUCCGCCGCUGGGCCCGUCGGAGGUGAGCAAUCGGAUUAGGACGAGGUAGGGAUCAGGGUCUCCGUUAAGGGGAAGAGGAUGGGAGGCCUCUGCUCGAAGGUUUCAUCGGUAAGCAAGUCGCCGAGCGACACCACGCUCGGCCGGAACCAGGUCUCUGAUCAUGAGCCCGGGGCGGUGCUGGAGGGGAAGAAGCCGCUGGAGUCCGGAGAGGCUGCGGCAGCAAAGCAGCUGGAAGAGCAGCAGCAGCAGUCUUUCUCGUUCCUGGAGAGCGUCGUGCCCGGGCUUGCUUUUCAUGGUGGGGCAGACGCCGGCGGCGACGCGGGGUUCAGGACCUCGCCACGGCUGGCCCGGUCCCUGUCGCAGAGGACUGGUUUGGGCAAGGCGAGAGCCGGCGUUGCCAAGGUUUCAGAAGUGAGCUCAAUUUUAGGUAGAGCUAGCACUGUUGGGCUUGAGAAAGCAGUGGAGGUUCUAGAUACACUUGGCAGUAGCAUGACAAGUUUAAAUGCUAGUAGUGGUUUUGUGUCAAGUGCAGCGGCAAAGGGAAACAAAAUAUCAAUGUUGGCUUUUGAGGUGGCAAAUACCAUAGUUAAAGGCUGCAAUCUGAUGCGUUCUCUGUCGAAGCCUAGCAUAAAGCAUCUGAAAGAAGUGGUAUUUCAUUCAGAAGGUGUUCAACAACUUAUAUCCAAAGAUAUGGAUGAAUUACUCAAGAUCGCAGCUGCUGACAAAAGGGAAGAGUUAGAAGUAUUCUCGAAAGAGGUUGUUCGCUUUGGGAAUCAUUGCAAGGAUCCUCAGUGGCACAACUUGGACCGCUACUUUGAAAAGUGGGCAUUAGAUCAAACACCGCUGCAUCACCUGAAAGAAGAUGAAGAAUCAGUUAUUCAGAAAUUGAUCACUUGCGCUCAAGAUACAGCUGAAUUGUAUCAUGAAUUGCAUGCUCUGGAUAAAUUUGUACAGGAUUAUCAUCUUAAACAGAAAGAACAGGAUGGCCUGAGUCCAAGAGGAGAAAGUCUGCAUAUACUGAAGCAGGAAGUGAAAGAUCAGACUAAGCAUGUUAAAUGUUUGAAAAAGAGGUCACUUUGGUCCAAGAAUUUGGAAGAGGUGAUGGAAAAGCUUGUAGAUAUUGUCCACUUCUUACAUUUGGAGAUAGAUAAUGCCUUUGGUCAUUCUGACAGUGACGAGCCACAAGAACAUGCCAAAUGCCAUAAUAGAUUGGGACCAGCAGGCCUUGCGCUGCAUUAUGCAAAUAUCAUCAAUCAGAUUGAUAAUCUUGUUUCUCGAUCAUGCGCAGUCCUUCCCAACGCAAGGGCUACAUUAUACCAUGGUUUGCCACAGACCAUCAAAUCUGCUCUCCGUUCUAAGCUACAAUCUUUUCAACUCAAAGAAGAGCUGACAGCUUCUCAAAUCAAAGCUGAAAUGGAGAAGACUUUACGAUGGCUUGUCCCUUUUGCAAAUAAUACAACCAAGGCACACCAUGGAUUCGGUUGGGUUGGAGAGUGGGCAAAUACAGGAUCUGAGUUGAACUGCAAACUGUCAGGGCAGAUGGAUUCAACCCGAAUCGAGACGUUAUACCAUGCUGAGAAGGAGAAGACUGAAGCACUUAUCCUUGAGCUUGUUGUGUGGCUUCAUCAUCUUAUCAGUAAAUCAAGAAAUGCCAAUGGAGGUCUAAGGUCUCCCAUCAAAUCACCUCUCAGUUCACCAACACAAAAGGGUAUCGCAAUCACAUUGUUGCCAAGCAAAUCGAACAAUUCAUCACCGAUUCUCACACAAGAGGAUCAGGAUAUGCUAAGGGAUGUUAGGUACAGGAAAUUCGUCCCUGGGAUAAGCAAAAGUCAAGAGUUUGACACAAAGUCAAGACACAGCAAACAGAGUAGGUUGAGCAAGAGCAAUAGUCAUUCUCCAGCCAGUGGCAACAGGAAAGACUUGCUCUCAGUUAGGAGGUCUUCCAUGCUUCCUGUUAUCGACUUCGAGAUUGAUAGGACAAAAGCUUUGGAUUUAAUCGACAGGCUUGACGACCUUAAAAUUCAUUGAACCAUGAAACUAACUGCAACAUAAACCUGAGGUUUGCGCAGUUCGUCUGCAAUCUUGAAAACCAUAGCCCUAGCAGGGAUGUAAAAAGUUAGUAUCUGCAGCAAGGCCACCCGUCAGAGAUUCUGAGGUGAGGAACUAGCAGUAUGCCAAAUUGGAGCCGAGAGAAACUAGUGGUAGAUAAGAUUGUACCAUAUAUCCUGUACUGAGCAUAAUAGGAAAAAAAAUGUUGAAAAAAAUUAUCUGUUGUUUCUUUUUUUCCGA